AUGGUCUGGAAAACCAUAACAUAUAAUCGCACUUAUAUUCGUAGGUUUGGAAUCGGGUCUAUUGAGCUAUGUAUGAGUUCAUCCGGCCUGAGCCACCGCCAUGCUGGCGAUUCAGUGCCACUUUUGUUGAUUUCUUUCAGCUCGACCUCCAUGAAAUUUAACACCGAACAAUCCUCAGGUUUUCCAGGAUUUACUAUCUUGCGCCGGCAUCAAUCGUUUCUUGCUUCCCUUUCUUUCUCAGUAGAAACAGAAGCCGCUCCACCACCAUCACAUUAUACACCGCGAUCGCCACCACCAUCGCAUUUCAUCACUGGUGCACCUUGCUCUAGUCAAUCCCUUAUCAUAAAAAUCGUUUUCCCUUAUUUUUUCUGUUGUGAACUGCUACGUACCUGCGACGUUACUUCACUACCGGAAUCACUUGCCCAGAUGCAGCAGAGAAAUUCUGGCAACCGGCGUCCAUCGGGAACAGAUGGCUCUGAUUUCUCAUACAGAAUGGUUGUGGACAACAGAUAUACAAAGGUAGCCAAGGGGAAAUCCACACUCUCCAAAGUUCUUGUGAUUCAGGCAGUGGUAGUGCUGCUAGGAGUAGUUGACAUCCUUUUCUCUCUGUUAAACAAGGAGCCUCUUGAAAUAUUAGCUGCUGCAUCCAUUUCUAUAACUUCCAUUUCAAUUAUAAUUGGAGAAUUGGGUCGAAAGCGUAGCAGAGUGAGUUUUUUAAAAUUCUAUAUGGUGGCAUCAUCUGUAGGAGUAGUUGGAUCAAUUGCUUCAGGUAUCGAACUGAAGGCAAGCACACCUCUUCUUGGUCUGAGUAACUGGGAAACAGAUAAGUUUGAUGUAUUGAAGAUUGCUUGUGUUUGUGUUGGACUGUUUGUGCAAAUAUUUUCUAUCAGUAAAACAACAUCUCUGAUUGGGAAUAUGUCUCCUCCAAAACGAGCUUCUUGAUGCAAAUCGUCAUCUCUCCCUCUUACUAGAGAAUCAUUUUUCUUAUUGCGUUUGUAUUGUUCUUUAUUACUCCUGGAUUGUAAUCCUGAUGAGAAUCAUGAAAAUGGAUUGUGUAUGUUUUUUCUUGUGAGGUAUAGUAUGAUUUUGACAUUUGGUGAGGCCUGAAUAAUUAUUAAUGAAAAACCCUCAAGCACUAGUCUUUAUCUUAGCAGCUUGUAGUUAGAGUAAUGUGCAAGUUAAUUAGAUGAACAGUAGUGAUCUCUACUACUUUUAAGAUCAGA